UUCUGCGGGCGCACUCGUGAAUGCGUUGCAGAACAGCGAUUCCGCUCCUCAUGGUCAUCAGCUAAUGCUUCAACCCGGAGGACCUCUCCAGCGCGUUACGGUGGACUUUGAGUCCGUUCGACCCCUAUUCUGCCCGUCGCAGGAUGGCGUCAAACAGUUCCCUCACGCAAUGCCCCGACCCGUUCAUUGCAGAGCUCUCAAUCGGUGACAACGGUGGAUAUCUCGCUGGCCGCUGGUGUACGCCGUAUCCUGUCGGCGACGAGACGGUCUCGUGCUGCUUUCCGUGCCCAUUCACGGAAUGGCAGUAUGCAGAUGGAUUCAACAAAGAUGUCGUGCCCUGGCUUGCUGUCGUCGUCCUCGUCCUCAUGGUGCUUUCUGCCCUCACCUACAUCUGCCUUCCUGUCAGCGACACCCAGCGCCAUUACCUGACCUCGAGUCCGUUGAUGGGGUUUAUAUUCAUGUCGAUUGCAUUCAUCGUCCCCCUCGGAUCGUCCGACCACUUCUGCUACGAUGCGAUUACCCCGAACUAUUGGCUAUCCGAAACAACAUGCGCUUUUACUGGUUCAUUAAUACUAUACGGCGUCUGGGUUCUCGUCAGCGGAUGCUUCUUCCGCUCCAUCUCCCUCUACCUCCAGCUCAUCUGGGACAUCGAACCGGGCCCCAAAUUCCGCGCCGUCGCCCUCGUCAGCAUCUUCGGGGGCUCCCUCGGCCUGCUGGGGAUAGCCCUCGGCGUCUCCGGCGUCUCCUACCAAGUCGGGGACAUGUGCUACAUCAGCUACCCAAAGAGCAUCGGCUCCUUCUGGGGCCCCUUACUCGUCGUGGCGUUCGUCUCCUUCGUCAUCCAGGCUUUCAUCAUGGGAUACUGCAUCCGCGGCGUCAUAACACGAGGAGGAACAGCGCGGUUCUCGAUAUUCAGACGCUCCGCACCAGAAGACUCCUUCGACCGCGUCGUGCCACCGCGCCAUACAUCCAAAAAGAUCUGGCGCAUUCUCCAGCUCCAGUGGCGCGCUAUCGCCAUUGCCUUCCUGAUUUUAUUCUACGUCGCCUUUGUCGCAGCAGCCGUUCUCCGAUGGGCUGACCGCGAGCAAUUCUCCGACGAAGAACUCAAACCCUGGAUCGACUGCCUCGUCCAGGCAAACGGCGAUAAAAAGGCCUGCAUUUCUCAAGCAAGGACUGUCGGUCCGAACUCAGAUACUGCCCUUGCUGCCCUCUCCCUCCUUGCCUCCUGCGGCGUCUGGGGUGUCCUCUGCACGGCCCGCUACACCAUGAUCCUAGGCUGGUACGACUGGUUCUACGACCGCAAAGACAACAUCUCGGCGCUUCUACGCGGCGAAUACCACCGCGAGCGCGCGCGCGACUUGGAGCGCGUAGCCAGCACCGCAUACUCGCACUCGCCCGCGGACGUGACCCGGCCCACGACGCUGGAGGAGGUCGAUGCGCUGUAUGGCACGCGGGCGUACCAUGGCCCGCAGAAUAGUUUCUCGAGGCCGGGGGGUGGACCUGUGCCUGGUGGUCGCUUGCCGCCGGCGAGUACGAUGACGGGGAGUACGGUGACGACGACGAUUUCGAGUAGUAAUACUUUUGAUAUGAAGGAGUUUAAAUAGCGCUCCUUCGGGUUGUUUACGAUGUUAUGAUCUGUUUACCCUGGUGUUUAGGGGUGUUAAAAGUGUCCGCAUGGCAUUGCAUU